AAGAAUCAUGUAGUUGGUACGCGUGGUGGGUUUGAUAAUACAACCGAACCCAUCAGAUGGUAUUAUAUGUCAAGGUGAAAAACAAGAUGUUGUUAGUAGAAAGAAGAGUUUGUGUCUGUAUUGCUUGGUUAACAGCGUGAAGCGUACAACGAAAUAAAUGUUGCAGUAUAGAAAGUGCAUGUGUAGUAGUGUGUGUAUUCUUUUCUUUUAUACUCUUUACAGCGUGUUUGAAAAUGAUUAACAUGUUGGGCUAUAUGCACCCGCCUUUAGUUAAAUUUAAGCUUAUACAUGCGAGUGACCAAUAACCAAGACCAUACUAUGGCCUCGGCGACGAAGCGCUGCUGGAAACUACAAGAGUUUACAGCGCAUAGUGCUAAUGUGAAUACACUUGCACUUGGUCACAAAUCCGGGAGGGUACUAGUAACAGGUGGAGAUGACAAGAAAGUAAACCUUUGGGCCGUUGGCAAACACAAUUGUUUUAUGAGCUUAAGCGGUCAUACAACUCCAGUGGAAUGUGUACAGUUUGGACACACUGAUGAACUGGUAUGUGCAGGAUCUCAGUCGGGUACUCUCAAAAUCUGGGAUUUGGAAGCUGCUAAAAUUGUUCGUAGCCUCACAGGACAUAAGAGUAAUAUUCGGUGCAUAGACUUCCAUCCUUAUGGAGAUUUCCUAGCAUCAGGUUCAUUUGAUACAUCAAUCAAACUUUGGGACAUAAGAAGAAAAGGGUGUAUUUUCACAUACAGAGGACAUGAUAGGAUGGUUAAUAGUCUCAAAUUUAGUCCAGAUGGACAGUGGAUUGCUUCUGGAGGGGAUGAGGGCCAUGUGAAGUUAUGGGACCUGCGAGCUGGACGGUUGCUAAAGCAGUUCUCAGAGCACAAUGGAUCUAUUUCUGCAGUCAAGUUUCAUCCCAAUGAAUUUUUGUUAGCUGCAGGAAGUGCAGAUCGAACUGUUACUUUUUGGGAUCUAGAGAAGUUUCAACUUAUUUCUACAUCUGACAAAGACAUUUUUCCUAUCAGAUGUAUUUCCUUUAGUGAAAAUGGAGAGUGCCUGUUUGCUGGUUCUCAAGAGUCACUCAGAGUUUAUGGUUGGGAGCCAACACAAAUAUUUGAUACUGUUCCUAUUCCUUGGGGGAAAAUCCAGGAUAUAGCAUUAGCCCAGAACCAGUUGAUUGGUGCAUCAAUUAAAAUGACAAACGUCAUUCUACAUAUUGUAGACCUCAGUAAGGUGCAACCAUUUGGAGGUGAGCCCACUGCAUUCCACUCUCCAUUUGUGCAUGGCCAAACUGUGAGAAAGAGCUUUAGCAGAGACCGACCAUUCAAUGUAGCAAAAGCAAGAUUGGAUGUGAAAACAAUUGAAGAAUCAGACAGGUCUGGCACGGAUCCAGAGGAGGACGCAACUUCUUUGGCAGACAUAAAGAAUGUGGCAGAUUAUGAAAAUAUUUUCCAACCAAAUCGAACUCUUAGUCGAACACCUCCUCUUGAACCUGAACCUUUCCCUGCACCACCUGAUGAUGCUGCGUCAACACCCCCUCGUAACUCGUUCCCUGCUCUUUCUAAUGACCCAGCAAUACCUCAAGCGCUGCACCCAGCCUCAAGUGAAGCAGAGGUGUACCUAAGCUCAAGGAGCCUGAGCAGCAUCAACUUGAGUGAAACUUCCCAGUCACUGCCAGCUGUGGUCAGGUUGCCUGCUGAUUCUCCAAACAGUGACAUAGUAAUAGACUCACAGUUCUCCACGCCUAUGCAUCCACAGGCUACAAGUUCGCCACGCUCAAAGCACAAUUCUCGUAGACUGAAUUCAUAUAAGGAUUCAUCUGAGUUCCCAGAAAUGGAUUUUCCUGUGAAGUUGAGCAGUCUUCGUCACAGUCCAUCUGAACCAGCACUGAAUCGUUCUAACUCAUCACAUUCCAGAUCACACUCAUUAACUCGCAAUUUUGUUCCUAUUAAUAACAGUAGUAGUUCAAAAUCAGAACAUGUUGAAAGUGUAUCCCAUAUUCCAGAAAAACCAAUUGCUCCCAAGCCUUCUGCUUUACGAUCUCCACUUCCACAACGACCACCACCAUCGUCUACUCCAACUAGACUCAUUCCAGAAAGGGAUGAUUCCAUGGACAUGUUGGAUCAUGAACCACAAAAAGAAGUAACUUUCAUUCCAUCCAAUAUAAAUCAUACGUCUAGCAUCGAUUUAUCCGAAUUCCUUCCUAAAAAUAAUUCAAAAGUGCUGACAGAAGAUGAUGUCUUCAGAAAUAUCUCACAAGGCCACCCACCUGUGAUAGCUGUACUGGAUAAUAGAUUAAAAUGUUUACAGAUUGUGUACUCUGUUUGGCAGAACAAGGAUUUAAAGACUGCUGUUGAAUCAGCAAUAAACAUGAACGAGCAAGCUAUUGUAGUUGAUGUCCUUGAUGCGCUUUGUUCCAGGCACAAAGUUUGGAAUCUUGAUGUCUGUGUUGCCCUGCUGCCAUGCAUUAAUGAACUUCUGCAGAGUAAGUUUGAAAGAUACAUGACUGUAGGCUGCAAUGCUCUUCGCCUUAUACUGAAGCAUUUUGCUUCCAUUAUAAAGACUAAUAUAUUAGCACCAAUUCAAACAGUAGGAGUCGAUAUUUCCCGUGAAGAAAGGUACAAAAAGUGCCUAAAUUGUUAUAGAAGUUUAAUGACAAUUCGAGCUUUCCUGCUGAAACGGCAGACAAUGCAGGGGAAACUUGGACAAUCAUUUCGUGAACUACAUAAUCUGAUGCAAGAACUUGAUGAAUAGAUAAUAUUUACUGACAAAAAGAAGAAAACAACUAUUAGUGAAAGUAAUAACCAAAGCUCACAGAUAACAAGCAGUUUGCUCAUACUGAAAUAGUUUAGUUGUUACUAAAAUAGAUGCAGGAAAUGGGACAGAACACUUAUUUGAGCUUUGUCAUUCCAUUUACUUAAUGCAUUUUUAAAUAGUAAAAUUUUGUAUACAAUGUUGAGAUAUGUAUGUUGCAACUCAUACAUGCUUUUUUUGAAAUUUAUGAGGUGUAUAAAAAAAGUACUUGUAUGAAAAACACUUUAAAUAUGACAUCAAUUUGUUUUGCAUGUAUGUUGUAUUCUGCUGAUAUUCAGCUUAUAAAAUUGAGUCCGGUAAUGUGCUGUCCGUCCAAAAUAUUUUUCCUGUUUGUCACAUUUAAGAACACAGGACUGAUAAUACAUACUUAAAGAUGCCUUAAUGUCACAGUAUUUAUGAGGAACGAAUGGUUUGCAAAGUUGUACAGUAUGACUGCCCAGCAGUAACAAGAACACUAAUUUAUUUUCUAGUUAAUUUAAAGUGCAGUGACUGGAUGAAAGUUUUUGGAUGUGUGUAAAAUAAGUUAAUUGUUUUGUUGAUUGUGUGACUUUUUGUUUAGUUUGUACUUUUUAUGAUGUGCCUUUAAAAGUAACCCAGUGUCUAAUCUUGCCAGAUAUGGGGGUAACUGAAAUGUGAUCUUAAUUUUUAUAGUGCCAUUAGGAACAUUACAAAAGUAUUUCAUAUCAUAAAAAAUGUAGUGACAUAUUUUUAGUUAUUAAUACUAUUUUAGAGUGGCAGAAUAAUAUUUUAUUGUGAUUUUUGUUAUGUAAAUAACAAAAAUAUUUUAAAAAUACUUUUGAUUUUAAACAAA